GACAGAGACAAGACACACACACAGGUCCAGCAGCAGCUUCAGCAGCAGCAAGGAGAGAGAGAGAAAGAAAGAGGGAAGGAAGGAGCCUGGCAGGAUGAACACUUUCCCGGGAUUAUACAGCAGCGCUCAGCCUGACUUCUCAGCCUGUGUGUAAGAUGUAUGGACACCACAUGCAUGCCUGUCUAUGUGACUGCGCAUAAGAGGAUUUAAGAGAGGAGAGGAGCACAGAGCCAGGGGAAGGAAAGCAGCACUCUCUCACACACAUACACACAUACACACACAGGGAGGGAGAGGAGGAGAAAGACUGGCAGCACUUUGUAGUCAGUCCCAGGCUGGAGGAGUUGUGCCCUGUGCUGCCUGGGAGUUGGGAUGCUGUGCUCAGGAGGAGUCUGCUGUGCCUAGUGACUUCUUGGCUGGACCAGACCACCCCCCCCUCCUCUCCACCACCACCACCCCUGGACACUCAUCACCACACCUAUCCUGGAUUACCUCUACCAACCUGGGAUGUAAGCUGGGAGCGCAAGGCGGCACAAGCAAGGCGGCUAGCAUGAGCAGGCUGUGACAACGCUGCACUGAAACACUGAAGUGGGUAGACACCCAUUGGCUUUGAAAGCCAGUGAAAUUAAGCCUUCCUAAACAUGCAGGUGCCAAGCUGUCAGAUGAUGAACUUUGCCAGGCCAGUGCUGGUUCUUCUGUGCUUCCUACUCCAUGCUGAUGCUGAAACACCACCAAGGUUUACAAGAAGCCCUGUUGAUCAAUCAGGAGUAUCAGGGGGAGUUGCAUCCUUUAUAUGUCAAGCUACAGGAGACCCGAGACCAAAAAUAGUAUGGAAUAAAAAGGGAAAGAAAGUCAGCAACCAGAGAUUUGAGGUAAUAGAGUUUGAUGAUGGAUCUGGUUCCGUCCUAAGAAUACAGCCUUUACGAACACCAAGAGAUGAGGCAAUAUAUGAAUGUGUUGCUUCCAAUAGUGUUGGAGAAGUUAGUGUAACAACGCGGCUCAUAGUGUUACGGGAGGAUCAAAUACCACGUGGUUUUCCCACAAUAGACAUGGGCCCUCAGUUAAAAGUGGUGGAACGAACACGUACAGCCACCAUGUUAUGUGCAGCCAGUGGAAACCCUGACCCUGAAAUUACUUGGUUCAAAGAUUACUUACCUGUGGAUACGAGCAACAGUAAUGGGCGUAUUAAACAACUGAGAUCAGAAUCUAUUGGUGGUACACCAAUAAGAGGUGCACUUCAAAUUGAGCAGAGCGAAGAAUCUGACCAGGGCAAAUAUGAGUGUGUUGCGACCAACAGUGCUGGGACGCGCUAUUCUGCCCCUGCAAAUCUAUAUGUAAGAGAGCUGCGAGAAGUUCGUCGAAUUGCUCCAAGGUUUUCUAUCCCACCCACCAAUCACGAGAUCAUGCCAGGUGGAAGUGUCAAUAUAACUUGCGUUGCAGUAGGGUCACCAAUGCCGUAUGUGAAAUGGAUGCUGGGUGCAGAAGAUCUUACACCUGAGGAUGAUAUGCCAAUUGGACGAAAUGUACUUGAGCUUACUGAUGUCAGACAAUCGGCUAAUUAUACAUGUGUGGCAAUGUCAACCCUUGGUGUUAUAGAAGCAAUAGCACAAAUAACCGUUAAAGCCUUACCAAGGCCACCUGGAACUCCUGUGGUAACUGAAAGCACUGCUACAAGUAUCACAUUAACUUGGGAUUCUGGAAAUCCUGAACCUGUCACCUACUACAUCAUCCAGCAUAAGCCGAAGAAUUCUGAAGAAUCAUAUAAAGAAAUUGAUGGUGUAGCAACAACACGCUAUAGUGUUGCAGGUCUUAGUCCAUAUUCAGAGUAUGAGUUUAGAGUUGUUGCAGUCAAUAACAUUGGACGCGGUCCACCAAGUGAACCUGUCCUAACAAGGACUUCAGAACAAGCUCCGUCCAGUGCUCCUCGGAAUGUGCAGGCCCGCAUGCUGAGCUCAACCACCAUACUUGUUCAGUGGGAAGAACCUGAAGAACCCAAUGGACAGAUACAAGGUUACAGAGUCUAUUACACUAUGGAGCCAACACAACACAUAAAUAGUUGGACUAAAUACAAUGUGGCUGACAGUCAAAUUACUACCAUAGGAAAUCUAGUGCCUCAAAAAACAUACUCAGUGAAGGUCUUAGCAUUUACUUCAGUUGGAGAUGGACCCCUUUCUAAUGAAAUACAAGUCAUAACGCAGACAGGAGUUCCCAGUCAGCCACUCAACUUCAAAGCUGAAGCAGAGUCAGAAACAAGUAUAUUAUUAUCCUGGACCCCCCCACGGUCAGACACAAUAUCCAGCUAUGAGCUCUAUUACAAAGAAGGAGAUCAAGCAGAGGAGUUAUCUAUCACAAUUGAUCCAAGCUCUUCAUAUCGAUUGCAAGUUCUGAAGCCAAAUACUUUGUACUACUUCCGGUUAGCUGCUCGUGCUCCGCUAGGCCUUGGCGCCUCAACUACAGAAAUUUCUGCCAAAACCUUGCAGUCAAAGCCAUCAGCUCCUCCACAAGACAUAAGAUGUAACAGCCAAAGCUCUACCAGCAUCUUGGUAAGUUGGCUACCACCAGCAGAGGACAAGCAGAAUGGUGCAAUCACAGCUUAUUCCAUCAAAUACACUGGAGUUGAUGGAGAAGAUAACAACCCCCAUGAAAUUACAGGCAUUUCCUCAGAAACUAGAGAGUACCUAUUGGAACAGCUGGAAAAAUGGACUCAGUACCAUAUCUCUAUGAUCGCUUACACUGAUGUUGGACAAGGCCCAGAGAGUGCCUCCGUAUUGGUUCGGACAGAUGAAGAUGUUCCUAGUGGUCCUCCUCGCAAAGUCGAGGUAGAGGCUGUGAAUUCGACAUCUGUUAAAGUGUUCUGGCGCUCCCCGGUGCCUAACAAGCAACAUGGUCAAAUUCGUGGAUACCAAGUUCAUUAUGUGAGGAUGGAAAAUGGAGAAUCCAAAGGCCCACCCAUGCUAAAGGAUGUCAUGCUGGCUGAUGCACAGUGGGAAUAUGAUGAUACUACUGAACAUGAAAUGUUAAUCUCUGGACUGCAGCCUGAAACAGCAUAUGCCAUCACUGUGACAGCUUAUACAACAAAAGGGGAUGGUGCUCGUAGCAAGCCUAAAGUUGUGACUACAAGUGGUGCAGUUCCAGGCAAACCUCGGCUUGUCAUUAACCACACCCAGAUGAAUACUGCUCUCGUUCAGUGGUAUGCCCCAGUGGAAUCAUUUGGUCCUCUCAUGGGCUAUCGUCUGAAAUAUGGUCGCAAAGAUGUGGAUAUUCUCACUACACUAGAGUUCUCAGACAAAGAAGAUCACUUCACAGCCAAAGAAAUUCACAAAGGAGCAUCAUAUGUCUUUAAGCUAUCAGCCAGAAACAAAGUGGGCUUUGGGGAAGAAAAUAUACAAGAAAUUACUAUACCAGAGGAUGUUCCAAGUGGAUUUCCUCAAAACCUGCAUUGUGACAGCAUGUCAUCAACUUCAGUGCAGAUAACUUGGCAACCUCCCAUCCUAGCAGAAAGGAAUGGUGUAAUCACAAAAUACAUUCUCCUGUACAGGGAUAUCAACAAUCCAUAUCAUCCAGCUGAAGUGCCCAUUGUUCCUGCUGACACAACUGUGACUCUUACCACCUUAAAACCUGAUACCAUUUAUGAUGUUAAAAUACGUGCUUACACAAGCAAGGGUCCUGGUCCUUAUAGUCCAAGUGUCCAAUUCAGGACGCUGCCAGUAGAUCAAGCAGUGUUCGCAAAAAAUUUCCACGUGAAAGCUGUCAUGAAGACAUCAGUGUUGUUAUCAUGGGAAAUUCCAGAAAAUUACAAUUCUGCGUUACCAUUUAAAAUCCUUUACGAUGAUGGAAAGAAAGCUGAUGAAGUGGAUGGUCGGGCAACCCAGAAGCUCAUCAAAAACCUAAAACCAGAAACAUUAUACUCAUUUGUUCUUACGAAUCGGGGGAACAGUGCAGGAGGACUACAGCACAGAGUGGCAGCAAGAACAGCUCCUGAUGUCCUAAGAACAAAACCUGUUUUUAUAGGGAAAACCAAUUCUGAUGGCAUGAUAACUGUGGAGUUACCAGAAGUCCCUGCCAACCAUAAAAUAAAAGGCUAUUACAUUGUUAUUGUACCUUUGAAGAAAUCCCGUGGAAAGUUUACUAAGCCAUGGGAGAGUCCAGACGAAAUGGAACUAGAUGAGCUGCUGAAAGACAUUUCACGGAGGCGAAGAAGUAUUCGUUUCAAGAGAGAAGCUGACUCAAAACCCUACAUUGCAGCUCACUUUGAUAUUCUUCCAACGGAGUUUACCCUGGGUGAUCAGAAACACUAUGGCAGCUUUGAGAAUAAGCCACUGCAGAAUGGACAAGAAUAUGUGUUCUUUGUGCUAGCUGUCAUAGAAAACACUGAAAUGACCAUGUAUGCCACAAGCCCCUAUUCAGAUCCAGUUGUCUCGAUGGAACUUGAUCCACAGCCAAUGACAGAUGAAGAAGAGGGAUUGAUAUGGGUAGUGGGACCAGUUCUCGCUGUGGUUUUUAUCAUCUGUAUUGUCAUAGCAAUUCUUCUUUAUAAGAGCAGUAAACCAGACAGGAAAAGGACGGAGUCAGACUCGAGGAAGAGCAGUUUGCCUAACAAUAAAGAGAUCCCAUCCCAUCAUCCCACUGAUCCUGUUGAACUCAGGCGUCUUAAUUUCCAGACACCAGGUUCAGGUGUCGCCGGUUACACUGGUAACCUCCAUUCUUCAAGCAUGGCCAGUCAUCCUCCCAUACCUAUACUAGAACUUGCUGAUCACAUCGAAAGAUUGAAAGCUAAUGACAACUUAAAGUUUUCUCAAGAGUAUGAGUCUAUUGACCCAGGACAACAGUUCACAUGGGAACACUCAAACCUAGAAGUUAAUAAACCAAAGAACAGAUAUGCAAAUGUAAUUGCAUAUGAUCACUCACGUGUUCUGCUUUCAGCUAUUGAAGGCAUACCAGGAAGUGACUACAUCAAUUCCAAUUACAUUGAUGGUUACAGAAAACAGAAUGCAUAUAUAGCAACUCAAGGACCUCUUCCAGAAACCUUUGGAGAUUUCUGGAGAAUGAUGUGGGAGCAACGCAGUGCUACAGUCGUAAUGAUGACCAAACUGGAAGAAAGAUCAAGGAUAAAGUGUGAUCAGUACUGGCCAAGCAGAGGAACAGAAACAUAUGGCCUUAUUCAAGUGACUCUACUGGACACAGUUGAGCUCGCUACUUACUGUGUCAGGACAUUUGCUCUAUACAAGAAUGGAUCAAGUGAAAAGCGAGAAGUCAGACAGUUUCAGUUUACAGCCUGGCCAGAUCACGGCGUACCAGAACACCCAACACCUUUUCUAGCAUUCCUAAGAAGAGUGAAAACAUGUAAUCCUCCAGAUGCAGGACCGAUGGUUGUCCAUUGCAGUGCUGGAGUGGGAAGAACGGGCUGCUUCAUCGUAAUAGAUGCCAUGCUGGAGAGGAUACGACAUGAAAAAACUGUAGAUAUUUAUGGUCAUGUAACUUUAAUGAGAGCUCAGAGAAAUUACAUGGUUCAAACAGAGGACCAAUAUAUCUUUAUCCAUGAUGCACUGCUAGAGGCAGUGACUUGUGGAAAUACCGAAGUGCCAGCUAGAAACUUGUAUGCAUAUAUUCAAAAGCUGACACAGAUAGAGGCGGGAGAAAACGUCACGGGGAUGGAGUUAGAAUUUAAGCGCCUCGCUAGUUCUAAAGCUCACACGUCACGGUUUAUCAGUGCCAAUCUUCCAUGUAAUAAAUUUAAAAAUCGCCUUGUUAAUAUUAUGCCAUAUGAGUCCACAAGGGUGUGUCUUCAGCCAAUACGCGGUGUGGAGGGCUCCGACUAUAUCAAUGCAAGUUUUAUUGAUGGAUACAGACAACAAAAAGCCUAUAUAGCGACACAAGGUCCCCUGGCAGAGACAACGGAAGACUUCUGGAGAAUGCUAUGGGAACACAACUCAACCAUUGUUGUUAUGCUAACAAAGCUCAGAGAAAUGGGCAGAGAAAAGUGCCAUCAGUAUUGGCCCGCAGAACGGUCUGCUCGGUAUCAGUACUUUGUGGUGGAUCCAAUGGCAGAAUAUAACAUGCCUCAGUACAUCCUCCGAGAAUUUAAAGUAACAGAUGCUCGGGAUGGCCAGUCACGGACAGUAAGACAGUUUCAGUUCACUGACUGGCCAGAACAAGGAGUGCCAAAGUCUGGAGAAGGAUUUAUCGACUUCAUAGGACAAGUGCAUAAAACAAAAGAACAGUUUGGUCAGGAUGGGCCAAUAUCUGUCCAUUGCAGUGCUGGUGUAGGAAGGACUGGAGUAUUCAUAACUCUGAGUAUUGUAUUGGAAAGGAUGAGAUAUGAAGGUGUUGUAGAUAUCUUCCAGACUGUCAAAAUGCUGAGAACACAGCGACCUGCAAUGGUACAGACAGAGGACCAGUAUCAGUUCUGUUAUCGAGCAGGGCUUGAGUAUUUGGGCAGCUUUGAUCACUAUGCAACGUAGAAGUUUCGUCCCAUGCUGGAUUUCACCUGCAGGCCCUUCAAGAUCCAGAGAGCCUCCUCUGAGCCAUAAAGUGUGCUUGGGAAGUGUUUGAUAACUCCUAGGUAAAGACCAAUUACAAUAAUUGGAACCAGACAAAAAAUAAAUUAAAAAUAGAAAAAUACAAACUAUUUUUGGGGUGGACCAAGAAUACACAGUUCAAUAACCUAAGCAAAUGUAAAAUUUGAGACUGGUGAAACAGCUGAAGGAUUCAUUUCACCAACAUGUCUCAAGGAAUCAAAUGCUAUGGAAGGAAAGAAGUGGAAUGAGAAACAUUAUUCUCUCUGAGACCGCAUGAGUGUUCAAAGAUUGAAGCUUAGGAAUACAACAGCAGGAUGUUAAAUACGUCAGCUUCGCCUUCCUAAGACAAGUGCAGUCUUUGCAGCGAUAUCAACCCUUCUCUAUCAACAAUCAUGAUGACGCAUUAGUAAAACAAAUGGGUGGGAAGUGUCUAAAGAAAAUCAAAGUCAUUUAUUUAGUUUUUUAGUAUUGUAAAGAUACUGCUGACCUGUGCUUCAUUAUUAACUGUGUAAACUUUCUUUUCUUUUUUCUUUUUUUUUUAACAAAAAAUUUAUAAGAAGUAAAUAAAAACAUUGCAUAACUGUUAAUUUUCGA